CGCUCGCGCGUGCGCGCCGGGGGCCGGGCCGGGCAGCCAUGGCGGACGCGCUGCCCCCGCUGGAGGAGCGGCGGCGGCUGCAGGCCGAGCUCGGGGACUUCGCGGACAGCUGCCGCCGCUCGCUGGAGCAGGUCGCGGCGUCCCUGGGCUGGAGCCUCGACCGGCUGGACUCGGAGGAGGCUGCGGCGGAGGUCGUGGUGUGCCCGUUCGACCCCAACCACCACAUGCCCCAGACGGCGCUGGCCAAGCACGUGGCGUCCUGCCGGCUGCGGAAGCUGGGCUACUCGCGGGAGGAGGAGGACAAAAUGUACGAUUCUGAAUUUUUCUACGAGAACGCGAACAUCCCCUCAGUUACUCUGAAUAAGGACUUGCAGUUCCAGAUCCUCGAGCAGGCGCGAGCGGCCGCGGGGCAGGAUGCUGGCUGUGGGCACCAGAGGCCUCCCUCCUCGCUGCCCGCCGAGGUCCCCCUGAACCACAAGCGCUGCGUGUGUGACCUCAGCCAGGCGGACCGCCUCGCCCUCUACGACUUCGUGGUGGAGGAGACCAAGAAGAGGCGCUCGGGCUCCCAGAUCUCGGGGAACGACAGCGACCUCUUCGUGGACUUGGCCGCCAAAGUCAACCAAGACACGAGCCGGAAGAGCCCCAAGUCCUACCUGGAGAUCCUGGCCGAGGUGCGGGACUACAAGCGCCGGCGCCAGUCCUACCGGGCCAAGAACGUCCACAUCACCAAGAAGUCCUACACCGAGGUGAUCCGGGACGUGAUCGAGGUGCACAUGGAGGAGCUGUGCCGGCACUGGCAGGAGGAGCCGCGGGCGGAGGGGGACGCGGGCAGGAGCGAAGGGCGGCGCUCGGCCUCGGUGGGCUCGCGGCCGUCGGGCGGGAGCGACGCGGAGGCCGAGGGCUCGGGGCACAGAAGGAACCGCAGCCGGAGCCCACCGCGGCGGAAGCGGGCGCGGGACAAGGACAAGAGCCGGGACGCCUCCCGCAGGCGGAAGGAGAGGGACGGGGAGCGACACCACAGUCACAAGAGGAGGAAGCAGAAGGCGUGAGUGGGCCCGGGGGCAGGUGGCCGCCCAGCCCUGCCCAGACCCCGGCCCUGCCCGCGCUGCGCGGGCCGCUGCUUCCUCCAAGGAUCCGGGCUUCUGGCGGACGGUGCGUGUGCGAAGGUUCUCUGAGCGCCAGGACUGAAGUCGUGGACGGCUGCGCCCCGUGGGGUCACCACUCCGGCCCCCCAUCCCUGGGAGGACGCUGCCCCUCCCGCCUGCUUCUGGGCCUGCAGUGUCCGCUCCGUGUGCCCCCCGGCCCGGGACAGACCCACUGGCUGAUGCUCCCCCGGGAGGCGCCUGUCCGUGCCACCUCCUCCGGGUAGUGCCCAGCUGGGUGCGUGGCAGGGAACGGACUUGGGGACGCUCGGCCUAACCGAAGGCAGAGUCCAGGUGCCCUGUGGCCAGUCUGAGGCCCUUCUGUGUGGGGCCUGGGCAGCUGUGUGCUGCCACCUUGUGGCCACGGGCACAGGCCGUGUCUGUUCGUCUCCGUCCCUUGGGUCCCCCCUCCUUGGCCCAGCACCUCCCUGACGGUCCCGUGCGCGCGUGUAAAAACACAAAAAGGAAAGGGGCGAGGAGGGGAGCACCUCACCGCACCGGGCACUGGGCACAGGGCAGCGGCGCUGUCUCUCCCGCCGCCCGCGUCCGGUAGUCUCCGGCCACUUCCCCCACCCCGGGGAGGUUGAUGGCGAUGACGAGGCAGGCGAAGGAAGGGACGGAGCCAGGCUGGUGGUCUCAGUUGCAGUUUAUUCCAUUCCCGUCUGCAUGCUCCUCUGAGUCUCCUCCUGCUUCUUCUUCUCUCUCCCCCAGGCUACUUCAUUCUUCUCGCUCUGGGUCUGGGUCUGGGUCUGGAUCUGGAUCUGGCUUCUCCAGAUCUGGCCCUGGGACUGGGGGUGGGGGGGCGCCCACUCUCGCAGCCUAGUUAAAUCCCCCAGCAUCAGGGAUCAGGGCUACACAUAAGUGUGGUCACCAUCAGUAGGGGUAAAGUUCUUUCCCUCAGGGGAUGCUCCUUCUAGGACAGAAUCUCUCAGCAGGACACGCACCCAAGAGCGGAAUCCCAUGGGUGUGUUUCUCUCCUCAUCCAACUAACAUAAGUAUUCAUAUUAAUCAUUUUGUAUGGACAUAGCAAGAGAUGCAUUAAGCUUAUAGAAUUGCUCUCCUGGGGUCAUCUCGAUCUCAGACUACAGUGCUCAGCCCAGAUUAGUCUUUCCUAUCCCUAGCAGGGUCCUAGUCUCGUUGCUUUUGGAUCAUGACAUGACAUGACCAUGACCAAGCUCUUAACAUAUAGUUAAGCAUUAGGCGCUUUGGCCAGGCCCAUCUUGAUGCCAGGGUAGCACACAACUCACCGCUUGCCCUGGCUCCGUCCCGUCCCUCGUUGGGACCCUGCUUUUGGGGGUGCUAGGAAGUAAGGGCAGCUGAGGCUUAAGUCGAGAAAGCAGAUGCCUGGGAGUGAAUAAUAUUUAAAGCCAAUUAAAUCCCAUGUUACCAAAGCA